AUGAACCCAAACCCAAUCCCUUCUCAGACUUCAGACACAUGGGAAGUGGCCGUGGCAAAAUAUGUGAAAAGCCUGCAUCCUGACAAACAGCGCGAGUUCCAAGCGCCGGCCACCGUCGAGGCAUGCUUACGGGAUUUAUCCACAAACGGCGCGAGGAAAAGAGGCUUCACCCGCAUAGCCGAGUUUCUAGGCCCGGUCAUUGAUCCCCUGAAGCGGCUAGAGGGGACUCUCGAUGUGAUUGUACAAGUCAACGCUGGGAUUGCGUCGCCGAUAUGGGGUCCGCUCCGCAUGGCAAUCACGAUUGCCUGUCAACACCUCUCAGCAUUGGAGCGACUUGCGUUUAUUGUCGACAAGAUUGCACAAUCGGUUCAGCGAUAUCAGGAUCUAGCAGCACUGUUUGCUUCCCACGCCGGAGUCCGGGAGGCAGUCGGGCGACUAUAUUGUGAGCUUCUGCGGCUAUGCACCUGUAUGGUUAAGUACCAGACACGUCGACUUCGAUACAUCUUUAAUCCGUUUGGAAAAGAAUUCGCGUCCAUCUCGGAGUCGGUGGACUAUCGGGCAGCGGAGAUAGACCGUCAGCUCAAGCAGCUCAUUUCCUAG